GCGCCGCCCCUGGAUCGAACGCCCUAGGGCUUGCUCUGCCCCUCUCGCUCCUCGCCCGCCGCCGCCGAUGGCCCAGCGCUGGCGCUCCGGGGCGCGGCGCGACCCGGACCUGGACGACGACGGCGGCUCCCCGCCUUCGUCCCGCCGGCGGCGGAGCGACGAGGAGGACGAGGAGCUGGGGAACGAGGACCUCAGCCUCGAGAUCGUCGCGCGGGCGGUGCGGCGGCAGAGGCAUCGGCGCCCGCGCAGGUCGGAGGCGGUCGCCGACGUCCUGUCGCUGUCGUCGGGCGAGGAGGAGGGGGUCGACGAGGACGCCGUGGUGGAGCUCGGCGAGGCGGCGGAGCCCCGGAGGAACCAGAGGAAGAAGCAGCGGCGCAAGCAGAAGAAGAAGCAGCGGAAGGAGGCGACCGACGCGGCGGCGGCCGCCGUCGAGGAGGAGGUGGAGGUUGGUGGCACCCAGGAGGGACCAAUUGCGACAGCAGAAUCGGUGCUUACUGAAGGUGGGGCUGAUGUCCCUGCAUCUGACAAUAUGGUUCUGCGGAAGCUUCUUCGUGUACCAAGAUACUUCGAUCCUGGGGAAACUUUGUUGGCGACUUGCUUUAAUUGUGGUGAGGAAGGCCAUGUAGCUGCAAACUGCCAAAUGGAAAAGCGGAAGAAGCCCUGCUUUGUUUGUGGGUUGUUCGGGCACAAUGCAAAGCAGUGCACGCAGGGUCAAGAUUGUUUUAUCUGCAAAAAAGGAGGUCAUAUGGCAAAAGACUGCCCUGACAAGCACAAGAGGAAUAACCAACAAUCCACUUUGUGUUUAAGAUGUGGAGAAACAGGUCAUGAUAUGUUUGGAUGUGUCAAUGAUUAUCCAUCAGAAGAUAUUAAGGAAAUAAGAUGCUAUUUGUGUAAGCAGAAUGGUCAUCUAUGUUGCGCCGACUUCUCUGAUAAAUGCCCCAAAGAAAUUACCUGUUACAAUUGUGCCCAAUCUGGCCAUUCCGGUUUGGGAUGUGCCAAACAACGCAGGGAAACUAGUGCUGUGACAACUCCAACCUUAUGCUACAAAUGUGGUGAGGAAGGUCACUUCGCACGUGGCUGCAUAAAGAAUGCUAAGUCGGAUUGGUCGAAAGGCGAGUCAUCGGCACAUAGUUGGAGAAAGGAUAAAGGAAAAAAGGAUUUCAGUGCUAGAUCAGCUCCUUAUGAUGCCCGCAAAACAAGUAAAAGGAAAAGCCCCCGUUUUGAGGAAAGAAUGGAUACACCUCGGCAUAAAUCCAAAGCGCGAGGUGGCUGGACUGGUGGUGAUGAUCUAGAUGAUCUGCCAUUCAAGAAGUACAGAUCCAAUGGGUGGGCUUCUCCAUCUACUCCCAAGAAGCCAUACAGUAAUCGCCAAUACUCUUCUGGCUUUGACUACUUAACUCCCCAGUCUUCUCGAAGGCACAACAAUGAUUAUGCAUCACCUGUCUCAAACUAUUCACCAAGUGCAAGGAAGCAUGGGUUUUCAUCAAGAUUCGCUGCCAGCAACACCCAUGUCCGUUUCGGAAGAAGUUAGCUGGACCCUAGUUUCGAUUUUGUUGUUCCUUUAAACAAUAGAUUAUGAUUAUACCUUGGGUAUGAACUCAGCCUGUAGGUUCAUUCCCUUCAAGAGUUGUUUGUCUUUGAGAUUAUAUAUAUCGUGGUUCCAUUC